UGAACUUGUAUUGUAAAACGCAAUCGCAAAGUUUGUUUGUCUAUUUUCAGCUAUUCUGUAUUUGUAUUCUCCUUCGAGAAUGUGAUUUUCCAUCUUAUAUGCUGAGUUUAUGAGUAUUUCUCUGUGGUUGGACAACAGUAAUGAUUCGAAUUUUGAAAAAUUAGAGUCAGCCACCGGACAGCAACUUGCCACAAUUUUUGUUCGUGAAAUCUCCUGCCCGCGCCUUCUGUAUGGUCGGACGGCGGUCACCGUCAUGGACAUGAUGGAUGUGUUGUUUGGAAACGAGUAACUUAUAGCAAUCCCAGCUAUCCUGAAUGCAGAACUGCCAUCCCAUUGAAUGAUGCACACCGAAGUAGAAGGCCCAGGCCACACAUAGUAGUCAUGGUGGUAGAACGCCUCAAGUCAUUGGUGGCUGAUGCUUUUUACAAGCAUGGACAGUUCUGCAGCGCCCAUCCAUGGUCAAUUAUUUCAUUUGUGUGUGUGGUGAUGCUCACAGCAAGCUACCCUGUGAUGGAUCUCCCCCUUCCAGGAACAGCCCCAAUGGAGUUCUCUUCACCAGUCCAAGGCUUCAGGGUUCCUCUUCAACGCUCCAAAGGACCAAUCCAAGACCCUGGGAUAGAAGGCAUCGUGGCACCAAGAUGGUAUUCGGGACCCCCAGUCGGCUUCAUUCAACAGUUCAUCAUCAAUGCAACAGUGUCACCAUGGCAACGAGGCUUGAUCCCAGAGGAUGCGUUUCGUUCUCCGCUGUCGAAGGCCUUUGACAUCCGUCGUGAUAUUGAGGAGUAUCAGACCACUGCUGGAAAAUCCGUCCGUAGCUUUUGUCUGUACGUGACGGAGCCAGCCGAUGAGUUCAAAGGCACUAUGCCCAGCCAUAACUGCUUAAUAGUAUCUCCAGCUAAUGUAUGGGGAGAUAGUGUGGAAACAUUUCAGAAGGAUGCCAAGCUAGUUAACACUAUCUUCAAGAGCCAUCAUGGUAUGGAGGUACAGUCAAGUAUCAAAGACCUCCUGUUUGGAAUUCCCUCCAAGUACACCGGAAUCAAUCGUUUCUACGUUCGUAGUCGCCAACGUCAAAUUGCCUACGCCAUCACCAUAGUGCUCCAGACGUACAACGAGACAUUCAUUGAGGGGCUUAAGCAGCAUCUAUUACAACGCUAUGGAGUCGGCAGCGUACAGCAAGAUGAGACCGAAAAGGAACAAGUUGUUCACAUUUAUUAUCAGCAUGAGAAGGGUCUACUGGAGAUGUCACCUCUGAUUAUAAUCUAUGUUCUGUUGCUGCUCUACAUCUACUUCUCAAUUAGUAAGAUUGAGAUGGUAAAGUCUAAGUGGGGUAUGGCCUUUGCAGCAGUCAUAAUGAUCAUGGCAUCACUCUCUAUGUCAGUUGGAAUCUGCCUCAUGUUUGGUCUCACCCCUUCACUCAGUGGAAGUGAGAUCUUCCCGUACCUGGUUGUCAUAAUCGGCUUAGAAAACAUCUUGGUGUUUACAAAGUCAGUAGUAUCUACUCCGGUCCAUCUUGCCGUUAACAUCAGGAUAGCACAAGGUCUUAGCAAAGAAGGUUGGUCGAUUACCAAGAACCUUUGUGCUGAACUCUUGGUUGUCUUCAUCGGUUUCUUCACAUUUGUGCCAGCCAUUCAGGAAUUUUGUGUGUUUGCCCUGGUCGGUUUAAUGACAGACUUCUUUCUGCAGAUGUUCUACUUUGUUCCAGUGCUAUCCGUUGAUAUUCGUAGAAUGGAGCUCUCUGAUCUGAACCGGAGCAGUGUCCAACAUGACCUCUCCACCAAUUCAAGUAACCGACCUUCGACCCCAACCCAAGGUCGUCACUUGACCCGUUCGAAGUCAGCCCCUCGAUCUCUGAACAACAUGAACUCAUCCCAGAACCCAACAGGGUAUAAUUACUUCAUUGAUUCUGGGAGGUUUCCAACGCUCCCGUUGCACACUAGUAGAAGUCGGAUUCCAAGGAGGUUAAAGUUCAUCUAUUUCUGGGCCAGUACCCGUUUGAUGCAACGGCUUAUCAUGUGUGCUUCAAUUGUAUGGAUCAUUCUCACCAGUUUGUUUAUGUACAAAUCUGGUCUGGUAACCCACCUCACUGAUACCAGAGUAAACCAGUCAUUACCAAUGGAGCUUCAUGAAAUCUUGGCCGUACCCAAGCACCCCCUGGAGGCUCCUCCCCUAGAGAAGGAGUUUGAUGUGUCCAGGCAAAGCCCGGAUGGUGUAUCUAUUGAUACGGACUCAGGCACAAAGCUGUCUAGAUUGCAGAGUUUUGCAGAUCAUCUGUCUAGUAUGAGCGUGGCCAGUGAUCGAGCGAUACAUCAGAACAGUAUUAGGAAGGCAGGACAACAGGAAGAUCUUUGGAGGAAGUUAUCUAUGUGGCAUUGGCCGGCUUUGUUUCAGAGCUACAAUAUGAGUCUACAUGGCAAGUACAUCAGUAUACUUCCUCCCUUCAACCUGAACCUCUUCAUUAACCCGAAGGAGGCCGUCUCAAUCCGUCAUGACCGAGAGAAAGAGCGAGCAGCCAAAUGGUACGGCGACCUGGACGCUGACUCUCACGUCCUCCCGUAUGACCCUGACUUCUACACAGAAUGGAUUGAUGAGGAGGGUAUCGUACACACCAUCCCGCUGUUCCGUGCCUCCAAGUUUGACUACUACAUGACGAUGACUCUGGGGAUCAUGAGUGGGGCGUCGCUCGUUAUUCUUAUCAUCUUGCUCUUUAAGUGUGCGGUGUUGGUGAGGCUGAGGAGAGCUCGGUAUAAGAAGGGCAAGCAUGAGGAUAUCUUGAAGAGGGUGGUUAUGAAGAAGUCAUGUGAACUGGUUCCAUGGGUCUUGAUGGGUCACCAGCAGGAGAUAGAGUGCUUAGCAAGUGAGGGUUCUUGGAUUGCAAGUUGCUGCUUAGGGGGAGAAAUUCGCAUAUGGGAUGGUACGAGUGGAGAAUGCACGAUAUGCAUUGAUCGUCAAAGCUACUUUAAGACAAGGAGACGUCUAGGGAGUGGUAACACCAGAACACGUCAUGGCUCCGGUGGGGGUCUACCCAUGAGGCAGCAUAGCUGGAGCGAUAAUAUGUCAUGUGAAAAGGCCAACUGCCCAGUCAAUCGCAGAAACGGCCAUUUACAUAAUCAUUUAGAUCUCUCAGGAGCUAUAUCAACUGACUUUGGGUUGAGCUCCGGUGAUGCUGGGAAUGGUAGUCAGGAUGAUAGGAUGUCAUCGGGUGUUUAUAGUGCGUCGCCGGAAUCCAGAAGCACAGAGCUGGAUGUGAAUGGAGGUCUAGGCACACCAAGGAGCUCUGGAAAUGGUUAUGACUUUAAGACAAUAGUGGAUUCUUAUUUGAUGCAAACGCAGCAACGCUAUGGCACUGCUGAUGAGGAGGACGAGGGACUGGAUGAUGUUUAUCAAGACUUGUCAUCCCCGCUCCUUAAUAGAUCCUCCCAGAACCUAACCACAAUCAAUGAACUAGGGGGUCAUAUGAGACCUCGAACUGCCUCGGCUGGGUCCAUGGGACUGAGGUACGAACAUAAUCCUCAGGAUCCGGGAGACGUGAACAAGAGUCCGGCUCAGUGUGUUAAUCACAAUAGAUUCUCAUUUGAUGAGAGUUUAUUGAGGCAGCUUGAAGCGGGUGGAGAUUCAGGGAUGACGUCUUCGUUGGUGGGUGUCCCACCGCCUCUCAUCUGGUGCAUGGAGUGUAGUGAUCAUAUGGUAGUAGUGGGAUGCAGUAAUGGCAGAAUAGAGUUAUGGGAUCCCAGUAAUGGAUUCCUCCUAGGUUCUUAUGAGGACAAUCCCAUCGGAGCAACAGGUCUAUGCAUCGCUGGAUCCCACCUCGUUAUUGCUCGACUCAACGGUACCCUAGAGUUCCUAGAACUUGUUACUCAUCACUCAGUUCAUAUCAAUCAAGCUCUCUUCAAUGACCAUCUUGCAGAAGGCAACAGAGGUAAGCUUCGGAGUUGGUCUACAUCUGAUUUUGUGCCUCUAGGGGGCGCUGUAUUCUGCUCACGGCAAGCUUCAGUACAGGCCCAUCAGCAGCCUAUUAAUGAUGUACAAGUCGCUAGGGACCAGGCAGUGACAGCUAGUCAAGAUCAUACACUAAAGGUUUUCAGAUUGGAGGAUUCCCUUUGUACAUACACAUUACGUGGCCACACGGGCAGUGUAACAACCCUCUACGUAGAUAAGCACAACUCUUACCAGAUAGCGAGUGGAUCGGAUGACGGCAUGGUGAGACUGUGGGACACUCUUACCGGUGCGUGUCUCCAUUCACUGUGGGGGCACGUCAGUACGGUGCUUUCAGUCACACUGAGUCAGGAACAUGUAAUCAGUGUGGGAAUGGAUAACAGAUUGUGUGUCUGGAAGCGCAGGAGAGGACGUAUGAUACAUGUUAUUCAACUGGACCCAGGAUGCAGUGGGACGGUUGUCUCUUUAUCCAAUGUUCUCAUGGUCACAGGUGGACAGGGCUAUUUAGCAGUGUGGGACAUCAUUAAUGGUGAGCCAUUACGUGUGGUGGAGCUAGGAGGGGGUGAACAAGCAGUACGACAGAUUGUAGUCACAGAACAAGGCAAGGCAGUCGUCUGUGACUACGGCAACGAUCUACGAUUGGUCACAUUCCCUACAGAGCUCAAGAAAACUGACUGAUGAAAGAGUUGUUGCCGAUCUUCUCUGGAACACUCCUCAAACACUGCCCAAAUAGUUGUAUACCCCAGUCAGGACUGUGGCCAAUGACGUCAUGGAAUGGUACCUCAGUUUAAUCUCCUGAAUGAGGUAAUUUACCUCUAAGCAUCCUGAACAGGGGAUAUAACCAAAAGUAUUUACUCGUAUCAGGAGAUGUUUUUGUACUGCUUGUCACUAGCGUAAGCAGUCUAGCCUUUUCAAAGUUUAAUUUGCCAUAUUAAUUUGCCAAAUUAAGACCAAACUUUCAUCAAAGCUGCUCUUAAAACAGCACCAUUUUUCAGAAUGUUUAUUGAACAGGACUAAGUUUGCGGCUUGUAAUGUAGGGUGCACUGAUUGCGAAUGGUUCUUUCAAAUUCUUUUUAUAACAUGCCAUGAUUUAGGAACAAUGUUGGCUUUGAAGCACCAGCAAAGCAGUAUGCAAUUAAAGGCAGUGGACACUAUUGGUAAUUACUCAAAAUAUUUAUUAGUAUAAAACCUUCCUUGGUAACGAGUA